AUGUAUUGCUUUUUUAAAACAACCACAACAACAAAAAGAAGUUUUUUUGAACUCAAAUCCAUCAACUUAGCGUUGUAUCCAAUAGAACUCCAAGUCAUACAGGACGCCGAUGAAUUGAGAAACAAAAUCAUCUAGGGAGAUUUUUAAGUCAUUCCACAAUAUUUACAAUUUUUCCUUAACAAUUUAAAACCCAUCCUAAACAAAUAGUCGCUUUUCCAUCCCUCUUUCACCUAUGAACCAAUUGUAAGCAAUUGCUAAUUGAAGUCACCCUAAGAUAGCCAAGAAGCCUUUGAAACAGAUUAUGUGAUGCUAAUCUACACAUAUUGUUGCGGCUAGUUAUUUGAUAGUUUACAGCAAAUCAAAAAUAUAAGAUAAGCAAUCAUUGAGAACAAAUGUCCUAAUCCAAAAGAUGUAGACGUUAUCUUGCAAAAGAUGAAAACUUCAUACGCUUUCCUAAAACACAUAAAAAGUGAUUCCUAACAGUUGUUGCCUAAACUUUCUGCGAAGAAAAUCUUUGAUUUCGAAGAAUUUAGUUCUUAAUUUUUCAUUAGAUAUAAUACAUACUUUAUCAUUAUGGCCAAUUUAAUUCACUUUGAAAAGAUGUAGUAACUGAAUUAGGAAUAGGAGUUGAUCAACAGACAAAAUUUAUGCAGCACUAUGUUUAAAUUGUUGGUCUCUAUUGGGAAUUUUGGACAAGAUAGGUUGGGGGUGUAUUUAACCUACUUAUCAAUCUACUUGAAAUGCUUAGGAUACAAAAGUAUUAUGGAUCGAUAUUUGUACAACAUUCAAAAGGAGAUUUAUAGGGAGAAGGGCUUUACGGUAAUGGUUUUAGAAAUGAUUCAAUUGUGCUAGGAGUUAAAAUAGAUUUGUAUGAUAAUCCUAAAUAAAGAUUUGAAUGAAGAUUAUAUGGAUAUAUUCAAAAUUUAAGCGUAAAGAUGGAUAGCGUUUUCAGAUCUUCAAGUACGAGUGCAUUCAGGAAUUGCCAGAAAUCCGUAACCAGUUCAAACCAAUGAAUAGAUCCUAUUGAAUUCUGGCUAUUUCAAUUGUGUUGGAUUGAUUAAUUCAUAUAUGUUACUAUUUAAAUUUAUUUGUUGA